CGAUCCAACAGAUUUAAACGUUUGAACAUUACGUCUGAAAGAUAGUUAAUAAAAUAUAGAUCAAAAUGUGUUCGCAAACAUUUUUGAGAAUAGUACAAACUAUCCUCGUGAUUGGAUGCUUAUGUGCCGCACUAGCUAUUUUCUUCAUUAGCGGUUUCUCAAUCACUGUAGUCUUAGUGGUCUGCACCAGUGUCAUCUUCCUGCUCGUCCUAUUCUCAGACCUGAUAUUGCGAUGCCGUUCGUGCUUCAUCGGUGAGCACGUUUGGGGCUAUUUCGCCUGUGGUGCGUUCCUCGAGUUCAUCACCUGUGCAUUUUUGGCAUUUGCUAGUUUAAAUUUAAGUGAAGUCUACGUAGAGGAGAAUAAGGAUCACAGCGACAAGGAUGACAAAGAUAAUAACCAUCAUAACCAUUUUAAAGAAUUUGGAGUUGCAUUGUGUCUUGGCAUCUUUUGUUUAGCCACCGCCACUUGUUUCUUUUACGAUAUAUUUGCAUUACUUCUCAAAAUGUGGGUAGUUUGUAGAUACAGAGUUGAUUGUCUUUGCGAUAAUUCUUCAAGAGGAACUUAUAAUGUUGGCUCACCAGGAGUUUGCAGUAACAGAUCUGUGGACAGAAUUUCUCCUCAGCCUCCACCACCAAAACCUUGCCCUCCACCUCAACUUUGUACAGCAUUCGAACCAAAGAACAGGAAGCAACUGUCUAUUCAAACCAUGUGUUCCAGACCGGAAAGUUCGAAAACAAAAGUUUUAUUGUCUAAAUCUCCAUCGAAUCUAGUAUUAGAAUGUGAAUGUGAGGAUGUAAAUGAGCCAAGUGGAAGCAAUAUGAGACCCAUUGAUAAUCAAGUUCAAUAUCAGCCUCAAAAAAGAGUCCAUUAGAUUAAAACAGAUCAAUAAUUUUAUUAGAAG